GUGGAGGGCUACGCUGGCGCCGGGGGCGGGGGUGGGGGAGGAACCCCCCGGAUAAGGGUCGCGCCCCUGGCGGGCCCUUGCUGCGCUCCCCUGCCCGUCACGCAGGCUCAAAACAUAGGAAGGUGCGGUCUGGCGAUGCUCCUAUCGUGUGCGGGAUGCGAGAAGCCAAUCUUUGACAAGUUUCUGCUGAAUGUGUUGGACCGCGCCUGGCACUCCGAGUGCGUUCGGUGCUUCGACUGCAAGGCCCCCCUCCAGGAAAAGUGUUUCUCCCGAGAGGCGAAGCUGUUCUGUAGAAACGACUUCUUCAGGCGAUACGGAACCAAGUGCGGAGGUUGUCAUCAAGGCAUCAACCCGUCGGACCUCGUGCGGAAGGCCCGUGACAAGGUUUUCCACCUGAACUGCUUCACCUGUAUGGUUUGUCGGAAGCAGUUGAGUACCGGUGAAGAGCUUUACGUCGUGGACGACAACAAGUUCGUCUGCAAGAGCGACUACAUGUCCGGGAAGCCCCUUCCACACAUUCAUCACACCCACGGCCAUCACGGAGAAGACCCAUUGCUGGGCUCCGGCUCCGAGGACGAGGACGAUGACGGCAGUAGUCACCAUCAUCAUCACGAGGGUGUCGGUGGAUCUCACUUGGGACCCCAUAAUCUCGGUCCCGGAGGACCCGGUGAUCAAGGUGUCGGCCAUGGUGGAGAUUUACCCCUUGGAAGUGACCCUUGUAAGCAGGAAGACUCGGAGGAUCAAGUUGAAGGUUCUCUGGACGGCGAUCCAGAGACGAGGGACAGUCAGACCGAGAACAAGAGCCCCGAUGGCGGCCCCGGGGGUGGAGGUGGUGACGGGGGUGCUGGUUCUAAAAGACGAGGCCCCAGGACAACCAUAAAGGCCAAGCAGUUAGAGAUCCUAAAGUCGGCCUUCUCCCAGGCACCAAAGCCCACCAGACACAUCAGAGAACAACUCGCCAAGGAAACGGGACUACCCAUGAGGGUUAUACAGGUUUGGUUCCAAAAUAAGAGAAGUAAAGAGAGAAGGUUGAAACAACUGACCACGAUGGGCAGGAAUCCGUUCCUUGGGUGCUCCAGAAAGAUGAGAGGCUUUCCCCUCAACAUUAAUCCCGGAGCUCUUGGGGGAGAGGAUGGACCACCUCCCGGUUUCCCGUACUUUGCCCCGGACAAAUUCGAGUUCAGUUAUGGUGGUCCUGUAUCGUUUCACCCUGAAUUUUUCGGGGGUCAUCCACCUCAUCCUCACGGACCACCGUUCAGUGGACCCGGUAAUCCUGUGCCGCAUCUCUUUGCAACAGGUUUAGAUCCGGCGAGCUUGGCCGGAAUGGCCGCAGCGGCAGCGGUCGCGGGAGAGUAUCCACCCCCAAGUGCGGCAGGAGGCCCACCCGAGUUCCUCACGGGCCCUCCAGGUCAGGGGCCGCCGGCGACCACGGGUGGCAGUCCUGGAGAGUUCCUAGCACCUCCAGGUGGCGGGCAGUGCAACCCCAGCGGCGGCGGCAGCACCGGCGGCCCCGGGGGCGGGGGCGGGGGCGGUGGUUUCCCAGAGUCGCACCAGAUGCAGAGCGAGGGCCUGGCCUGGUAGGACGAGUUUAGGUUUCAUUAAUUUCGCCACGUCGAUCGGACCGCUCGAUUUUCGAGUCGGGCGCGAAAGAAGCCAGCCGAGAAUCCACCCCCCUUCGUCGCCAUCUUUAGAGGAGCUCCUCACCCCCGCCUGGCAGCCAUUUCAUUACCUUCCCCCCGGGCGAGAAUCUGCACGGUCAGCGGCUCGUCCACCUUGUUUUUGUAAGAUAGCGAUCGGUUAUUAUUAUAUAUUAUAUAUAUAUAGAUAUUAAUAUUAUUAUUAUUUGCUAUUAUUAUUGUCAUUAUUAUUAUUGAACAGCUCGCAGGGCCCGUUAUUAUCGACAUUGUCACGAUCGACGCCGUCACUAUCAGUUACUACUUUUGCCAUUAUUCUAGACAGCAUCGCAUUGUGUAAUAUUAUGUUAUAUUAUAUUGCGAUUAUUGUGUAUAAAAAGUUGAAACCCCUCGCGUGUAAUAUGAGCCCAAA